AUGCUUCUCGACGAGGACCCCGCUUCCCUCAUCGCGCAAUGCACAUCGCACUUCAAACUUGACAGCGACCGCUCUUCGCUUCUCCGCAUUUCGGACUCCCUUGGGACGCUCUCCUCCUUCCGCCAGCAACACAUGUCCUCCCUGCAGUCUACGCUCACACGACUCAACCGCACGCAUCAGACCUUGUCCUCAAACCACAACCACACACUGUCGCAUCACAAUCCGACCACGCACGCAGCUGAAAUCUUACGUCUGGACACGGAGAAAUUCAAGAUUGCGAAGCAAGCAAGCGAUCUCGAAAUGGAGGGUGAGAGGCUCGAGGGCGAGUUGAGCAGAUUGGGCGGUGUACUAGGGGAUCUGGAGGCCGAAGGGGUAGAGGGCGGAGAGAGAGAAAAGGGACCCGAGGAAGACGCUACGGUACUGAAGCUGAAGGUAUAUCGGUCACUUGGUAUCGACGUCGAAGCCGACACUACGGGCCAAUACAACAAGGCCGUUAUCCGCAACGCUGCGAAGGGUGAUGUUCACGUCGUCAACAUCGACCCCAAGUUUUCUCGCAACUUCUACACAAAUUACUUCUGGCGGACUAUGUAA